AGAGCAUAUUAUCCAUUUUAUACCAUCUCCCAAUGUUAAAUAAGCCAAUUUUGCUAAAUUUUCGAGUUGGUAAUUAAAAAAAAUUUUUUCUAAAACUGCGUCGUUCCUAAAAAAACAUUUCCUCAACGGACGAGGUGGCCGAGUGGUUAAGGCGUUGGACUGCUAAUCCAAUGUGCUCUGCACGCGUGGGUUCGAAUCCCAUCCUCGUCGUAUUUUUUUGUUUUUCAACACUGUAUUUUAACAUUCUUUCUAUAAUAAUAUUAAUUUCAAUUUAUUUAUUUUUAUUUUUAGAUUUCGAAUUUUUUCAAAGGAAGAAGAAGAAGAAAAAGAAGCAACGAGACUCCGUGGGUAGCAAAAUUGGGUACAAUGUCUGCCGAAGAAUUGAAUACUUUUCGUACUUUACGAGAAAUUUUCUUCGAAAACGGACAACGCAUGGAUUACAAGAAAAGGAAGCAUUGCUUGAAGCCCAGACGUCGAUACAUAUAGUUCUCGAUAUCUGCCUUACCAACAAAACUUAUACACAAGUUGACAUAAGUUUUCCAAAGUUAAGAGACGUGAUUAUGCAUUCUGUCAGAGCUCUCGGAUAA